UCGUCAAUAUUUUUACUUCUUGAAGCCACACAACAUGACGAAAUCUCCUGAAUUUAAUGAAUCUCGAUUAAAUGAAGCCGUCGCUAUUGCUACAACCCAGAAAAAACCGAAUAUCGCGAGAAUUGCGCGUGAAUUCAACGUGUCCUACACCACCCUCCAAGACCGCAUGAAAAAACCAAGAACACAAGCUACACCAACACCAUCGAAGAAGAACCUCCUACAGCCGUAUCAGGAGAAGGCCUUGAUUAGUUGGAUUAUACAAAUGCGGAAUUGGAACCUCCCCCCGACUGCUUCGAUUAUACAGGCGUGGGCAAAUCAGGCGCUUGCCCGCGCGGGCUCGGAGAAGCGCGCAAGCAAGAUGUGGCCAUACCGAUUCGAAUCACGUGUACCAGUACACCUAGGACUCGCGCCAGUGAAGCAAAAGACCAAGGAACUAAGGCGGAUACAAGCAGAGGAUGCAGGACUUCUCCAACACUGGUACGACCAGCUAAAAGACCUUCUUGAUGGGGUUCCUCCGCGCCUUGUAUACAACUUCGAUGAAUGUGGAUUUCAACCUGGUCAGGGGCGAGCUCGCAAGGUCCUUGGGUCAAAGUCUUGCCCUAAUCUUGCAGAGGGCGAGCGAGGUGAAAAUAUUACUGCUGUUGAAUGUAUUAGCGCGGAUGGUUGGCUAAUGGCCCCGUUCUUUAUAUUCAAAGCAAGCGGUAGUAAUCAUAUGGAGGCCUGGUAUCACGGCAGCGAGGUCCUACCAAGCGAUACAAUGACCGCGGUCUCACCAAAUGGUUGGAUAUCAGAUGAACUAUCGCUCGCCUGGCUAGCAGAGUUUAAUACAGCUACAAAGGAUCGUACAAAGCAAGGCGAGAAGCGAUAUCUAAUAUUCGACGGCCACGGCUCACACCUUACGCUUGAAUUCCUACAAUACUGCGAGCAAAAUAAUAUUAUUCCCUUUGGUUUCUUGCCUCAUUCAACACAUCUCUGCCAACCUCUUGAUGGAAAACCUUUUCUUAAUUAUAAGCAGCAAUUCAGGCUUAUAAAUAAUGAUUUGUCUUUCUGGGGUGGUAAGCCAUAUGGGAAGGCAGAGUUCUUGCAGAUUAUUCAACCAAUCCGCGAGAAGGCCUUGACAAAGCGAAUUAUUCGAGAAUCCUUCAAAGAUCGCGGUAUCUGGCCAGUUGAUGGAAGACAAAUCGUCCAGCAACUUACCAACCAGCUGGUGAUCCCAGAUAUAUCAGUGCCAGAACUCCGCGGAAGCCCUACACCACCUCUAUUACUCUCCUCUAGCGUUGAAAACAGUCCUCCAGCAACAAUCGAGGCGCUUACAAGGAAUCAGGCGAAGAUUAUGAAGGAUAUCACUGAUAUUUCAGAGAAGACGAAGCGGAACCUAGCAAAGGUCUUUCAACACCAGAUGCAGAAGCUAGAGGAGCUCCAAAUGACCCAGGAAGCAAUUUGCAGGAUUAGGACCGCGCAAGAGCCUCAACACCGGCUUCCUACUAAGCGUCAGGUAAAACCACUUAGUAGCAACGGGGUCCUAAAGACUAGCGAUGCAAUUCGAUCAAUUCAGGACCGAAAGAGGAAGGAGACUGCGAGGGACCAAAAGCGGCUGGCGAAGCAGUUCGAGAAAGUCUAUGGAUUUCGACCCAACCCACGGUCAGAGGAACGAAUAAAGCAGGCAAUUGAGAACGAGCUACGUAGUAGAGAAGCGGGAGAGGACUUUUUUAUUGAUAAUUAG